UCGUCGGAGGACUAUUCGGUGCGCGGACUGACAAACUCCCAGCGCCUAUUUUAGCGAUUGAUUUCUCCUCUAGUGUCUCACGAUAUGCUUCUUAUACCAAUCAAGUAUGGUUUCCCCCAGCUCAAGACACUAUAAAUAAUUACCUAGUCAUGCAAUGGCUUUUGGAGAGUUGGCUAAAGAGGACUGGUAUAGCAUUCUGAAUGCAGAGCCAUCAGAUAGCCUGACAGAACUGAAAAGGAAAUAUCAAAAGCUGGUAUUAUUGUAUCAUCCAGACAAACAGAGCGCAGAUGUGCCAGCAGGAGAAGUGGAGGCGCGCAUGCAGAGGUUCAUCGAAAUUGAUCGAGCGUGGAAAAUUCUAGGGAACGAAGAGACAAAAAAAGAGUAUGACCUGCAGCGGCGUGAACUUGAAUUAACACAAGUGUUGCCAGUGGAUGCUCAAGUUUUCCUUCAAGAUAUGGCCUGGAAUUGCAAUGAUCAAUCUUAUUCUCUCAUCUGUCGAUGUGGUGGGAAUUACAGUAUCUCCAAAAGCGAAGCUGAAGAUGUUUCUCUAGUAUGCUGUGACACUUGUUCGCUAGUUAUAGAGAUCCUUCGAUGAUCCAACAUUAUUUGAUUCAAGCAUGUGAAAAAGGGAAAGGAAGCACCUGCUUGUGGACAGACAAGAAUGAAUGGAUCAGUAAAAACAUGGGAAAAUACACAGAAAAUGUUCAUAAGUAUGCAUUUUAAAUUGUAGUUCUUGUAUUAGUGUUGCUUGUUCUUUCCCAUUUUAAAUACUGACCUUCCUCAGUUUACUCACGGCACAUAAGUAAAUCCCAUACUGUAGUGAAGAGGUGAUUACUUUUGUUGGAUUUCAUUUGAUAUGGGACACGUGAUAGCAUACUUGGGACAGAAAGUAUAAGCAAAAUGUAAUUUGUUGAAAGCAGAUACUAUAUAUUAUCUUAAAUUGCAGUUCUUAAAGAUGGGAUGGUGAGGCCUUUUUGUGCUGCAGUGGGACGGAGGAAGUCAGCAAAAAUCACCACCCCGAUUCUUACACAGACCCCUAUUCUUAAUUCUGCAUAUGUGGUGGAGGUCAUGUAAGAACAGUGGUUUUUGCUGAUUUACCCGUUUGUUGGAGGAGAGAGCAAAGGCAUGUCUGGAAACUUGCUCCUUUUGUGGGUGGCUGGAACCAGUUUACAUUAUUGAAGUAAAAGACUUCUUGCUUAGCAGUGCUCCUUUAUUACAAUGGGGGUCAUGUAAAAGUUCACAAUGGCUUCCCCUCAUUGUUAUAUAGCAAUCUGAGCAUUUGUCUACCUGGUGCCAUAGUAGUUAAAAAGAGUCCCCCUCUACAAUUGUAUAUGUCUUCGUUCUUUUCAAGGCGGUUAUUUAAUUUACUUUAAAUAAAUGAAAAGCAAUGUGAUUCGGACAUUUUUAAAAAAUGCAUGAUUUGUGAACAACUACUGGGAUAAUCUCUGUAUCCUUUGUAAAUAUGCAUUUUAUUAAAAAGAAAAGAAAAGAAAUGAAAGUAUAAUGACCCAAGAUUGUUAGA